AUGGUCUUUCUGCACGCCUUCACGCCGGUCUCGCAAUUGGAUGUCACCAAGAGGGAUGCCUUCAUCCACCUUGUCGUCACGGGAUACCUCCCCAACCCGUACGAUCGACCUGAUGGUGUCACGAUCUACCACGAGUCGACGUCAGUGGUGGCUGUCAUCGAAGGGAUCACCAUUGUCGCUAUCUUCCUCGGAGCGUUGAUUGCCAAUCUGAUCGCGAUGGCGACGAUCCUUCGAGACAAGAUUCACGGGAACCUUCUUUUUGCCUUCGGGAACUUUGCUACAGUCGUGGCCAUCUCCGUGGACCGCUACUUGGCCGUAGUCUGGUCGGCCCGCUUCCCUCCUUCCAAAUCAAGAACCAUCGUCUUUAUCGUGUUCUGUUGGGUCGCCGCCAUUGGAUCCUCCUUUCCCUCCUUAUCCGGAGUAGUCUCUGCGAUCAGGUAUCAGAAAGUUUCUCACAGCUGCUCGCCAGACUGGCAGGAAGACUGUUUCUAUGGCAUCAGCCUCAACCUAAUCAUCUAUGUAGUCAUCGUACCUACGAUGGUUUUAUGCUAUGUUGGUGUGUUCCUGAAAGUGUGGCGUCAACAACGGUUGCUUAGCUCCUACGCCGACGAGAAACCUAGUGUCGUGAGCAACGUAUGUUCCCUUGAAGACAACGACGAUGACGACCACGACCACGACCAAGACCGUGUGCCCCAUGCUGACAAUGACAUGCCAAUGGAUGGCAUUGACCGGUCGAGUGAAGGACCUACCUCUUUGAAUCUUACCCCAGAGCCUAUGGACUACUCCCAGUCUUCAAACACUGAGGAACCUGACGCUGAACAUGCUGAAGGAGAAAACGAGGAGAAAAAGACUAUUCAACAGGAAAAUGUGAUAAAAGGAAUCAAGAAAAAAGAUCGUAGGUCCAUGCAGAAGAAACUCAACAUUGACAAAAGAGUUGCCCUGACUGGAACCCUACUGGUGCUAACCACCUUGGUCUGUUGGUUACCGUACUGCAUCGUUAACUCUUGUCUCCUAUUGAUCAACAUCCCACAUUGGAUGGGCGUGGCCACGGUGUGGUUAGGUUACUCCAACUCUCUGUUCGACCCUCUAAUCUACUCGUUCAUGAAUAGACGAAUUGGAGCCCGUUACCGUGGCAUGUUCAGACGUUGGUCGAUUGGAUUGAAUACAGGAGAAGCAUGA